AUGUUCGGUACAUCAGUGGUUUAUAUUUUAUUGUCUUCGAAAAUCAUCCAGCACUUUCUGGCAUCAAUCUUUGGCAUUAAUAUUAGCUUCUGCUACUUAAUAUGCGCCGUAACAAUAGCCAUAAUGCCACUCACCUAUCUCAAAUCACCUGCUGAUUUUUGGUUAGUUAUCGUCGUAGCUAUGCUCUGCACGAUCGUAGCAGUUGGCCUGAUAGCCCUGGGUAUCAGUAUGGACAUGAAGGCAUGCAUGCUCGAGGCAUUUUAUCCGAAAGCUUCACUUACUGGCGCAAUCGUUAGCUUGGGAACAUUCCUUUUCGCAUUCAGCGGGCAUCAAGUAUUCCCAACAAUCCAGCACGACAUGUACAGACCGAACGAAUUCACCAAAUCAGUUAUCCUUGGUUUUGGAAUGGUCGCCUUGCUGUACAUGCCGUUGUCGAUAUACGGUUACCUGACGUACGGUAGCAGUAUGCAAAGUUCGGUGAUCGAUUCCGUGCAGACACCAAUGAUCCGGCAUGCAGCUAAUCUAGCAAUCGCUGUACACUGUAUUCUGGCACUUAUUAUCAUGGCAAAUCCGUUGAAUCAGCAGGCCGAGCACUUCUUCAAUGCCCCACACUCUUUUGGAAUGCAUCGUGUGCUGAUCCGCUCUGGCGUUCUCGGUACCAUGUUGUUUUGCGCUCUCUCGAUUCCUGACUUUGGACCGUUCAUGAACCUGGUCGGCGCACUCACCAAUCCACCAACCUGUGUAGUACUGCCAGCACUCACAAAUCUCUAUUUGAAUGCAAUGAAAAAGGAUGAGAAAUCGGGCGAAUAUAAAAUACCAUCGUUUAUUCAGUCAGUUUAA